AUGGAGUUAGAUGAUCUUAUUCUUAUUGAAAGUAACAACGAUGUUUGGAACAUUGAUUUACCGCCAAUACAUAUUUCUACUACAAAUAAUGUUGAAGAAAUUACAAGGUUUUUAAAUAACAUUUUAAAAUCAUUUGAUAAUGAAAAUGAAAAACAAUCAUUUAAGUAUUAUAGUACAAAUGAAGAAGAAUUUAUUGUUGAAGGAAUUGAGCGAAUAGAAAGAGAAGUUGAUAAAGACACUAUCAAAUUAUCAACAUUUCCAGAUGACAGAUUAUUUUUUAAGGAUGAAACAAAUGAAUUCUUUGGAGGAGAGUCUGACCCACAAGAACCUGAAGGCACUCGGAUAAUGGGAUUUGGCUCUGAAGACACAAACCCUUCAAAAUCAAAUAAUUCUAAACAUCAAAUCAAUGAUGAAGAUAUUAAAAUCCUAUUAAAUAAUCAAGAAAUAAAACAAUGGGUAAGUGUUAAUUUUAGUUCAAUAGAAGUUAAUUUAAACAUUGAAGAUAAAAGAAUAAAUCGUGAAAAUGUCGAAACACAAGUGUUAAUUAACGUUAAUAUUAAAAAUGGAAUUUAUAAAGUUGAUAAAAGAAAACAAUCACAAGUAUCAUUUGAAAUUAAUACUUUUACUAUUGAAAUGAUAAACACUCAACUGUUAUCAAAUAAAAAAGAAGAAGAUACUAUUCUUACAUUGUCAUCAUCUAAUUCAAGUGUAUCAAAUAUUAUUAUCAAACAAAAUAGAUGGUAUCCAAAAUUUUCUAUUUAUCCUGUUAAUGAAAUUACAAUAUUUUUUAAUUAUGCACAAAUUGAUGUGAAUUAUUUAACAAGACAUAUGAUGAUAUUAGAUCGUUUGAUUCAUUUAAUUAAUAUCGAUGAUAACAUUUUAUCAUCUAAUCAUCUUUUUAUUAGCAAUUUCUCUAUUAAAGGAUUUGGCCAAAUUAUUGUUCAUUCUUAUAUUGAGCAAUUAGCUAAAAUAAAUGUUUGUAAUGAAUUAUUUGAAGUACCUUCAAUAGAUAAGACGAAUUUAAGUGGUAAUUAUGCUAGUGUUUUUGAUUCUUUAUUUAAGGAAUUAUAUGAAAAGAAAUCUUAUAUCAAAUCAUUAUUAUGUAUCGUCCGCAGUUUGAUCUCUUCUAAUAGGUCAACCUUAAUUUCUAUUUCCGAUGGUACUGCAUCACUUCUUAAUAAAUUCACUCAACCCCAAAAUUAA